UAUCUAUGGUUCUGUGUGUCACGGUGGAGCUGUGAGGUGUGUGUGGGUGUGUGUGUGUGCGACACAGAUUAGCUCAGUUCGGUUUGGUUUGUGUUCGAUCGGCGUGCGGACAAAAUGAAGACGGCAUUUCUGCCACUCGUUGUUGUUCUGUGUGUCUGCCUGGUCGGAGGGGCUCCAUUAAUGAAGGACGACCCGAGCUCACCCAUCAGUGACAAUAAUCCAAAUUCUGUAAAUGGAGGUUUGACAAACAAGCAAAAUGUAAUGUCAGCGGAAACAGGGUCAGAACAAGCUAAUAAGAUGCCAGAAAGUGAAAAAGGCGAGACCCCAGGAUCUGACGGCAAGAAACCGGCGACGAACGAGGACGCCGUCAAGAAGCCGGUACCGGAGGAGGACCCCGUCAAGAAGCCGGUGCCGGAGGAGGAGGCCGUCAAGAAGCCGGCGCCGGAGGAGGACGCUGUGAAGAAACCGGCGCCGGAGGAGGACCCCGUCAAGAAGCCGGCGCCGGAGGAGGAGCCGGCGCCGGAGGAGGACGCCGGCAAGAAGCCGACGCCGGAGGAGGACCCCGUCGAGAAACCGGCACCGGAAGAGGACCCCGUCAAGAAGCCGGCGCCGGAGGAGGACCCCGUCAAGAAGCCGGCGCCGGAGGAGGACGCCAGCAAGAAGCCGACACCGGAGGAGGACGCCGGCAAGAAGCCGGCGCCGGAGGAGGACGCCGGCAAGAAGCCGACGCCGGAGGAGGACCCUGUCAAGAAGCCGGCGCCGGAGGAGGACCCUGUCAAGAAGCCGGCGCCGGAGGAGGACCCUGUCAAGAAGCCGGCGCCGGAGGAGGACCCUGUCAAGAAGCCGGCGCCGGAGGAGGACCCUGUCAAGAAGCCAGCGCCGGAGGAGGACGCCGGCAAGAAGCCGGCGCCGGAGGAGGACGCCGUGAAGAAGCCGGCCCCGGAGGAGGACGCCGUGAAGAAGCCGGCCCCGGAGGAGGACCCUGUCAAGAAGCCAGCGCCGGAGGAGGACGGUGUGAAGAAGCCGGCGCCGGAGGAGGACCCUGUCAAGAAGCCGGCGCCGGAGGAGGACGCCGUGAAGAAGCCGGCGCCGGAGGAAGACGGCGUCAAGAAGCCGACGACGGACGAUGCCGACAAGAAGCAGGGGACGGAAGACGGUGACGGGGUGACGCCAAUGUUGGAAGAGGGUGAAGACGAAGACCCAGACAGCGACGAAAACAAGAACUUUGGUUUGGAAGAUCAAGAUGAUGAAAAAAACACACCAGAAGUAAAUGAUGCGAAUCAGGAAACCGGUGACAAGUUGCUACCAGGCGAUAAUGCAAAGAAUGGAAAUGCUGUAAAAGCUCAGCCUGACCUACCCGGAUUUAAAGAUGAGGCAGAAAGCAGCCAUUUCUUUGCCUACCUUGUCUCCACUGCUGUGCUGGUGGCUGUUCUGUACAUCACUUACCACAACAAACGCAAGAUCAUUGCUUUCGCUCUGGAAGGAAAGCGAUCUCGAUCCUCGCGUCGACCCAAGUCUUCGCAGUACCAGAAGCUGGAGCAGCAUAUGUGAUCUCGGGGUAUUUCCCAUCGAAACUGAAUACACUAUUGUGGGAAGAUGGAGUUCUGAUGCUGACAUUCUAUUCGUGCACACUGCAUCGCAUUCACUUUGGUUUAAAUGUACAUUUUCUAUUUUGUACCUUUUUUGAUGUGUUUUGCAUGACUAUGCAGCUGACACUGUUGCCUUAUUGAGGGGAAUAGUGGAAAUGCAGUGAAGGUAAUUUGAGCAUGCCGUUUUUGCACUCGUCAUUGUUCCACUUUGUAGGCAGUCUUGUAACCUGGCCUGACUAAGGUCCUGACUCAGGAUAUUUCAGUAGCAAAUGAGCUGUUUUGAUUCCAGCCUUGUUUGGAUGAUUCGUUGGAGAUUGCCCCCUCAUACAGAAAUAAGCCAUCUAAGUCUCUGUGUUGGAUUUACUGAGGUUGUUAUUAAUGUCUGUGUAAUGGAAAUAUAUCCGGACUUUCUGAGGUGUGUGAGAGCGCCACACUCGAAUUUGGGUUCAUAGUCACAAGUCACUGGCCAGAUGAAUGUAUUAGCAUUUAUUAUUUGAACAAUCACUCCAUCAUAUUGAAGGAUAAAAUAUCUUAUCGGUAAUUUGUAUGCUCAUAGUUUGUCAUUCAUAUUUAUUUUGCUUAAAACUUAAACUCAAGCACUGAGCUAGUUUAGCCUGGUAUGAUGAGUGAAGGUGUAGAAGAAACUCAACAGAAGAUAACAAAACCUCACUACAGAUUUGGGGUGGUACUGUUAUGCAGAAACCACUAUUUCUUCAGCAGAAGCGUGAAGGUAAACUUAAGCCAAAAGAGUCCCGAUUUUGUGCACGUGUGGCCAUGUGGACGACAUUCACAGAAUGUCAACAGCAAUGUGACGCCACAGUCUUUCACUGGGAUGUUUCCCAUUGAGUGAUUCUAACUUCUGAGUGUGGCAGCCAGUCACUUAACACGUGCUGCUGACAAACUAUUUUAGGCCGUUUGAAAUGUAAUAAAGUCAAUAACAUAGCUUGCCAGUAGUGCCAUGAAAUGGUGAAAACACAUUUCACAUUUGACACAGCACUGCAAAUUGGGCAUCCUCAGUGAGCAAAUAUAAUGGAUAUGGAAAGUUUUUUUUCUUUUAAAUGGUACAUCAGUAAUGAAAAACCAACAAACAACUUAUUUUUUGGCUUUAUUGACUUUAUAACAUUCAAACUGGACAAAAUCAAAUUUAUUUCUGAAUUAAAUAUCAAGUAGAUAUUGAAAUGUUGAAUUGUCUGGUAUCUCUAGUUUAUGUGUGUACUUAUCAGCUUCUGUUUGAAAUCAUUUUUAGCUGUACUAUAAGUUUAAGAGUGAAGAUUCGGGGGGGUCAUCGCGUUGACUGUUAGGACUGCACUAGGAAAAACUUACCUAACUCUGGGGGAUGACCACUAAUCUGUAAAAUGUGAUCUUUCCUUGAGCCUAGUUCAGUGUUUAUGUCCUGAGAUGACAGAAUCGUGCCAAAUUGUGAAUGAUUUUUACUGUGAUUCGUUGUGUUGCUAGUGUAUCGUGCCUGUCUCCUUUGAUUAGCGCUUUGUUUGUAGCAAAUAGUGAUCACAGGAAGCCAGUUCUGUGUAAGAAACGUAGCCUAGCUAUUUCCUGUCAAAAGAAAUACAAUAUUCAAUAAGAAAUAUAUUUUUAUUGAGAAAUUGCAUAGAAAAUGAAACAUUUUUAUAUAUUUUGGUCUUUUUCCUCAGUGAAAUUAAAUAUUAGAAAUGAACUGAAAACAUCCUGUAUAUGUAGCUAAAAUUAAUUUGAAGUAUUUAUUUCACUUUGACUUCUCAUGAAAAUAUUUUGCUGUUCUUCAAAUGAAGAUGAAGUCCCAAAUAAAUGCUUUUUGUACCGCCUUG